AUGUGGAAAACGCUUAGAAUUCCCGAUGGUUCUGUGAGGGACAUGAUGCCUAAUCAUCCGAUUCAGAUGUUACCCCAUAAGAAAAAGUCGCAUGAUGUCAAGUCUGAAGAUCGUAGCGUACAUUUAGAUGAUAGUGAGGUGCAAAAAGCAUUCGAGGAAGUUCACUCAAUCCUGGGCGAAGACAUCCACCAAACAAUAACGAACCAACAAAUAAUGCAGAUGAAAUAUUUGGAUUUAGUUAUCAAAGAAUCGAUGAGAUUAAAUACGACUGCUCCUGUAUUUUUACGAACACUUGAAGAAGAUGUACCUUACGAAAAAACCACGCUACCCAAAGGUUUAAUGGUUUUUAUGAUCCCGUUUAUGAUGCAUGUUGACCUUGAAUUAUAUCCGGAUCCUGAAAAAUUUAUUCCCGAACGGUUUCUCCCGGAAAAUUUGAGCCCAAAUAGAUAUAGUUACGCACCUUUUAAUCUUGGUGUUCGGAAUUGUAUUGGAAAAUUGUACGCAAUGGUUUCGAUGAAAAUUGCGUUAGCUAAGAUGUUGCUUAAUUACGAGUUUGUGGACGUUCACCAUCAACUUUGUUUGUCCGUGGAGGUUACUUUGCAAUCAAAAACUGGGAUUCGAGUUGGAAUACGUAAAAGAAAUUACGUGGAAAAGAACGAAUAA